AUGAUAUCGGGAGAAUACGAGAAUAUUCAUCGCAUUAUAGCAGUAUACUAUCACUUCUUAAACCCUGUUAGUUUAAAACCACACAUACAAUAUAAAGUCGAGUUAUCCAAGUUAAAAGAUAUUCUAGACGCAGUCAAUUAUAAGGAGUGGCUUUUGAAAGGCUCCCGAAGAUGGUUGCCAAACGGGGAAGCACCUUUCCCCGGUUACUGCAGGGCUCCAGGAAAUGAAAAAUGUCUUCCAGUUUUAUGUAAUUGUGAGAAAUUGACUGAAAUAUGGAAGAAAAUGAAAAAGGAAGGCGGAAUAAAACCCAAGUAUAAAUAA